GGGCGGGAGCAGCUGAAGGUCCGCUUCGGAGCCCGUGCUGUCCUCUCGCGCGCGGCGCUGGCCCGGGCGGCGGCGGCGGAGGCGGACGAGGAGGAAGAGGAGGAGGAGGAGGAAGGCGGCGGUGGCGGCGGUGCAAGAGGAGGGGAGGACGGGGGCGGCGUCGGACUGGAGCCGAACGGCGGCGCGAGCUGCCCGGGGAGCAGUCGUGAGCUCGCCCUCCGGGCCCCCACCCCCGAGCUACACCCUGCAGUGCCCAGCUCUGCCCGCGUCCGUGCCCCUGCGGGGAGCGCGCCGGGGCUGCCCCCCGAAUGACGGGCGGAAGGUUCGACUUCGACGAUGGCGGCACCUACUGCGGCGGCUGGGAGGAGGGCAAGGCGCACGGGCAUGGCAUCUGCACGGGGCCCAAGGGCCAGGGCGAGUACUCGGGCUCCUGGUCGCACGGCUUCGAGGUGGUUGGAGGCUACACCUGGCCCAGCGGCAACACCUACCAGGGCUACUGGGCGCAGGGCAAGCGGCACGGGCUGGGGGUGGAGACGAAAGGCAAGUGGAUGUACCGGGGGGAGUGGUCACAUGGUUUCAAGGGGCGCUACGGGGUCCGGCAGAGCCUGUGCACCCCCGCCCGCUACGAGGGGACCUGGAGUAACGGGCUGCAGGACGGGUACGGCGUGGAGACCUACGGGGACGGAGGUACCUACCAGGGCCAGUGGGCUGGAGGAAUGCGGCAUGGCUACGGAGUGCGCCAGAGUGUGCCCUAUGGCAUGGCCACGGUGAUCCGUUCCCCACUACGCACCUCUCUGGCAUCCCUGCGCAGCGAGCAGAGCAACGGCAGCGUACUGCACGAUGUUGCAGCGGCUGCAGACAGCCCGGCAGGCACCCGCGGAGGCUUCGUGCUCAACUUCCACGCAGACGCAGAACUGGGCAAGAAGAAGGGUGGCCUCUUCCGACGGGGCUCCCUCCUGGGCAGCAUGAAACUCCGCAAGUCCGAAUCCAAGUCUUCUAUCUCCAGUAAGCGCAGUUCGGUCCGCAGCGACGCAGCCAUGAGCAGAAUCAGUUCCAGUGAUGCCAACUCCACCAUCAGCUUCGGCGACGUGGACUGUGAUUUUUGUCCCGUGGAAGACCACGUGGAUGCCACCACUACAGAAACCUACAUGGGCGAGUGGAAGAGUGACAAGCGCAAUGGCUUCGGCAUCAGUGAGCGCUCAAAUGGCAUGAAAUAUGAAGGCGAGUGGGCCAAUAAUAAGAGGCAUGGGUACGGCUGCACCGUGUUCCCCGACGGCUCCAAGGAAGAGGGAAAAUACAAAAAUAAUAUCCUGGUCCGUGGAAUAAGGAAGCAGCUUAUACCAAUAAGAAAUACAAAAACUAGGGAGAAGGUAGACAGAGCAAUUGAAGGCGCACAAAGGGCGGCCGCCAUGGCCAGAACCAAAGUGGAAAUAGCAAAUUCAAGGACUGCACAUGCCAGAGCGAAAGCCGACGCUGCUGACCAAGCUGCACUGGCCGCCCGCCAGGAGUGCGACAUCGCAAGAGCUGUGGCCAGGGAGCUGUCACCCGAUUUCUACCAACCAGGCCCUGAUUAUAUCAAACAAAGAUUUCAGGAAGGUGUAGAUGUUAAAGAAAACCCAGAAGAAAAGUUACCAGAAAAGCCACCAACACCAAAGGAAUCACCUCAUUUUUAUCGCAAAGGCACGACACCUCCCAGGUCUCCAGAGGCAAGUCCCAAACAGCGUCACUCUCCCCAGCCUUCUUCCCCAAAGCCCACAAAGAAGCAAAACCCCAGCUCAGGGGCAAGACUCAGUCAAGAUAAAAGGAGUGUGGCUGAUGAGCAGGUAACAGCCAUUGUCAAUAAGCCCUUGAUGUCAAAGGCUCCCUCAAAGGAACUAGGAGCAACCAUGUCUAAGUACUCUGGCCGCCACCACAUCCCCAACCCCAGUAAUGGGGAACUGCAUUCUCAGUAUCAUGGCUACUAUGUGAAACUCAACACCCCCCAGCAUCCUCCAGAAGAUGGGGAGGUCAACAGUGGAGCUGGCCAGUCCUCCUCAGCACUGGUACACAGGCCAUCGCCUAACAAGUGGAGUCCCCCUAAAUCUGUGACAAAACCAGUUGCCAAAGAAAGCAAAGCUGAGCCAAAAGCAAAGAAGUCUGAACUUGCUAUACCAAAGAAUCCAGCAAGCAACGAUACAUGCCCUUCUUCGGAAAAAGAAGCCAAUUCAGGCCCUAAUUCAGUCAUGAUUGUCCUGGUCAUGCUGUUGAAUAUCGGGUUGGCCAUUCUUUUUGUUCACUUUCUAACUUGAUUGGAAUUAGGAAAGUGAAGUCAUGACAACUAGUGGUAUUGGCCCACAGUUCUGCCGUGGUGUCCUCAGCCCUUUUAAUGGCACACCCCAGUCAGACUCAGACACAGGCAAGGAGGCUUGGAAUUAGGAUGGGAUCGCGAGAGAGAUGAAACUUGGAAAAUUCAGCCAGAGGACCUGUUCAGUUCCCCAGGGAAUGCUUUGUGGCUUUGGGGUCCUCUGGGAGCUGAAGCACGCAGCCAUGUUGGAGAGCAAAACUUAAUAAUGAUUCUUUUUUAAAAUCUGCUGAAGCAGCCCCAUCCGGCGAAGUUCUUGGCACUGGCUACUCCAUCUGUCCUAGCAGAGUGUGACUAAACUGGAAAUGUAUGGACCUGCAAUUUUUUUUUUUUUUUUUUUUUUUUUUUGAUGGAAGUCAACAGCUGCCUUACUAUUUUACCAUCUGACGCUUUUAGUAGGGAGCUGGGGAGACUGCCGGAGGAAUGUGGUCGGAGGAUUGUGUUGCUGUGGGCGUGGUUCCAACAUUCACUCCUAUCUCAUUAGAAGAAAUAGGUAGCAGCGUCACUCAGCAGUCUUAUGCCAUGACCUGCUGCUUGAACAUCUCCUGGAAUGUUCUGGGGGAGAACGUUUCAUUUGCUUGUGCACGACUCUGCUCAUUUUUGCUGUCUUUUUUAAAUAUGGUGUAUAGUCAUCUUCCACCUGCAGUCCUGGCCAGACAAAAACACACAGGUUGCAUCUCAAGGAAAAGAAACGACAAAAGACUAGUAAACGUUUAUUUUAAUAGCAAUACAUCAUUUUCCGUGACGUUUUAGUCUUUCCAAACUUAUCAAAGGCUAUUUGUCAUUAAAAUUCAGCAAUCUGGAAUAUAUUAUGCCUUCCUGAGAAAUAAUUUAAAAUAAUUUUAACAUCACCAGGUGAAUUGUUCAUGCACUCAGGAGGUGCUAAACUUUAAAAGCCGAAGAUAACAGAAUUCUAAAAAGUGUAGUCAAAAUGUUGCAUGGAUUGCAGUAAUCGGUGGUUACGGGUUUGGUUUCAUUGCUGACGUACUUUACAACCAAAUAAAAUCUUGUCAGUGGCUAUGUUAAUUCCCAUGAAAGUUAAGCAAGAUGCUAUUAAUAACUGUUCUCUUUCUUGCCCUGCCCCCCCCAGCUUGAAUUUUUGUUGAAUACAUUCAGGUAGAGCAUAAAGCUUUGUUAAAACACUGCUCCUCAGUUUUCUGCCUUCCGUGUUUUUCAAAGUCCUUUUGUAAUUUUUUUUUUUCAAUUUUUAAAGGCUUAGACAGUGUUUUUAUGACAUUGAUUUUUUUUUGCUGUUUUAUAAUUUACCCUUUAUUAUUCAGAAGCAUGCUUAGAGAAACUACAUGGUCUUUAUAAAAGAAGCUAUUUUAAAAGAAAUCAGGGGAGGAAAGGUAUUUGCUCUCUUAAAGGCGUCACCUUGUGGCGAGAGGGGAGGGAGCUCUUUCUAAAUAUCGUCAUGAUCCCACGCUUUCAGCAGAGUUGCUUUCCCUUAUUAGCUGCCUUUUCAGUGCACACGAGACAGUCCGUGUGAUUCCCACAUUAGCACAGGUGUGGACUGCAUGCUUCGUUACCUGCAGGGUAGUAACCCAGUGAUGUUUUUUGCAGAAGUACAGUAUGUUGAGAAUCCUGGGUGUGACCAAUAUGGAUUAAAGAAGAAGGCAGAAAGAGAGUAAAUGAAAAAACUGCAACUUGUAUAUUUUUUUUUCUACAUUUUGCUUUGACUUUUAAAUUUAGGAAGUCCGUUUUUACCCAAGAACAAAGUUUAAGUUCCUGUGUUGGUCUCCGCAGUCACACACCUCCUUCCUACCCUGUAGCUCCUUCUGCUCGGAAGGCUGAUUUUUUUAAGACAAUGAAAUAUUUACUCUUAUUAGGUGUUUAUUUAAAAUGUGUAAUGCUUUGAAAAUAAUGGGUAACAGAUAAGUAAAGGAUGUUUAUAAAGUGAGCAUGUUGGUUCCAUUUAUAAAUAUAUAUAUGAUUUAUAAGCUUUUUUAAAACAAAGCUCAAAUUGUUGGUAUUUUUCUAAAAUGUGCACAGCUGUAUUUUACAUGAAGGCUCUUUCUAAUGGGUUGUUAUACUGUACUCUACAUUUUGGACAGCACAUGAAGUCUGCCAAUGUACUUAAUAAAAUAUGACUUUGUUUAUUUAAAGUUUCUUGCUGUGAAAAAAGAACUCCCUACCUGUGAGUUCCUUUAUUUAUAAUCCUUAAAACCAAAAUGUAUAAUGUACAGUUUUCACAACUGUAUCUGCUCUAAUAAAAAGUUGGUUAUUAA